GCAAAAACAAAAAAAAGAAAAACCUGUAUUAAACGAAGAGAAAGAAACACGGAGACGGAGAGAAGCGAGGGAAAGAAAAAAUGAGCUCGCCGUCUCCUAUUCUCAAGAAACCAAAAACAGAGGACAACGACGAUUACGAGGGUUAUGAACUGAAGCAGAGGACUAUGAUCGGAAAAGAUGGGGAAGAGAACGGAAGCGUAAACGUACAAGAGCAAGAGGAGGCAUUAGUGGCCCUAAUCGAGCACCGUACGAGGGAAGUUGAACACCUUAAGCGGCGUGUCUCCUAUUACAAAUCUGAGCUCGAGAGUGCGGAGAACAAACUACAAGAUUCACAUUUAAAACUAGCCCGACUUCGAGGCAGAGUACCAUCUAAAAGAUCGGGGGAAAAUGCAAUUGAAAGUGUGAAGAGGGAGAGAAAAUCAACUAGUCCGAUCCAUGUUAGUGAGGGCCCUUUUAGAAAAGAGCUUCAUUCUAAAUCAGAACUUUUAAUUCCUGCAAAUCCAAAAGUUUCCCGACCUAUAGAAGGGUCUGCCACAAAACCCUCAAUCGGUUCAAAUGCUCAAUCAAGUCCUUCAACUCGCACAAAUGGUGUUGCAAAAGUAAAAGCGGAGCAACACAAUAGAGAUUCUGCUGAUUUGGAAGUUUCUGAAGUUAAAGAUAAAGUGAGAAAGAGGAAAAUAGAGACAAAAGAACAUAAAGAAUUGAUAUCAUUGAUUGGCAGUCGCUCUUCACCAUGCACAAUCCGCUGUCAUACGAGCAAUCACAUCUCCAGUCAGCAUAAGAGAAAGCUGAGAAGUCUUGUUCUAUGUCCAGUGAAUGAGCAGCUUUUUGUGACCAACGCUCUGGAUGGAAUGGUCAACUUGUGGCAAAUUCAAUCUCAAGGGUCUGGUGCCUCCCUACUUAGUACCACUGAUUGUGCAUCUCCGAAAAAGAGAUGGCCAGAAGAUAUUGCUUGGCACCCACAGGGUGACCGACUGUUUGCUGUUUACAGUGCUGAUGGUGGAGAUUCUCAGAUAUCGAUCUUAAAUUUGAAUAAAGCGCAAGGGAAAUCUCGUGUCACUUUUCUGGAGGACAAGCCACACUUUAAGGGUAUCAUUAACAGCACAGUUUUCUUGCCCUGGGAAAAUGAAUGCUUCGCUACAGGUGGUAGUGAUCAUGCUGUUAUACUUUGGACUGAGAAGGGUCAAGAUAAUUUAUGGAAGCCAAAGGCACUGCACAGGAAUCUGCAUUCUUCAGCUGUCAUGGGAGUUGCUGGGAUGCAGCAAAAGCAGAUUGUGCUGUCUGCUGGAGCUGACAAGCGAAUUAUUGGGUUUGAUGCGCAAGUAGGAAGAGCAGACUUCAAGCACUCAAUAGAUAGUAAAUGCAUGAGUGUCCUAGCAAAUCCAUGUGAUUUCAAUUUGUUCAUGGUUCAAACAGGGACGCAUGAGAAGCAGCUCAGACUGUACGAUAUUAGAUUGAGGCAGACAGAGCUCCAUGCUUUUGGGUGGAAGCAAGAAAGCAGUGAUUCUCACUCUGCUCUGAUUAAUCAGUCUUGGUCUCCUGAUGGUUUGUAUAUCUCCUCUGGUUCAGCGGACCCUGUAAUCCACAUCUUUGAUAUCAGGUACAAUUCUCGCAAGCCAUCGCAGUCGGUAAGAGCUCAUCAGAAACGAGUCUUUAAAGCCGAGUGGCAUCAAUCACUCCCUCUUCUUAUUUCCAUAUCAUCUGAUCUCCACAUUGGAUUUCACAAGGUCAGUUGAUGAUGAAGUUCUGUUAGCUUCCAACCACCACAUGAUAAAGAAGUUGUGUAAUUUGUUUCCAAGAGGAACAGCUUGUUUAAUGGCAUUUCUGGGUCGCAAGAUUUUGUUGUAGGAAUGUGGGAAAAUUGGGAAAUUUUGGUAUAGGUGCAUACUUCUGUGCCUUCUGAUAUGGCACGCUGUAAUAUACAGGAUUGCGAGCACACGUUUAUCUACCAAUUGAAUUUUUUCUAGUUUUUUUUUUUUCA